AUAGUUUGUGCUAAUUGGUGCUAGUAAUCGUUAUAAAGAAGCAUAAGAAGUGUCAAUAUCGUAGCAAAAAUAUAAAAAAUUUAUUAAUAGGCGAAAAUGACAGCACGUUCAAUUCUACAAGUUUUUGAUCGGUAUCAGAAGGCUCGUUUAUUGUUUGUUCAAUCCGUUGCGGAUUUCGCUUCGAGACCGAACAAUAUAGAAUGUUUAGAAGCUGCUGGAGCCUUGGAUCUCUUACAUCCUUUAUUAACAGAUUUUGUGCCAUCUAUUCAACACAUGGCAGCUAUUGCAUUAGGGAAAAUUGCAAGUAAUGAUCAUAGACUGGCACAAGCUAUCAUAAGAAAGGAUAUUUUGCCUCACUUAUUGCAGAAUAUUGAUAAACAAAAUAAAUUUUAUAAGAAAGCAGCAUUGUUUGUUAUUCGUGCAAUAGCUAAGCAUUCCUCUGAAUUAGCAUCCAUAGUGAUUCAAAACAAUGGAUUAGAUUUUGUUAUACAUAGCUUAGAAGAUUUCGAUGCUAUUGUUAAAGAAGCUGCUGCUUGGGCAUUAGGAUAUAUUGCAAGACAUAACAAAACUUUAGCUCAAACUAGUGUUGAUGCAGGUGCAGUGCCCCUUUUGGUUCUGUGUUUACAAGAACCUGAACUGUAUGUGAAACAAAUUGCUGCAUCUGCUCUUUGUGACAUAAGCAAACAUGAUAAAGAUCUUGCUGAAGUUGUUGUUGAUGCAGGUGCAGUUCCUUUUCUUGCAAAAGCAGUGUCUAACCCUGAUACCAAGUUAAAGCGUCAAGCCCUUUCUGCACUGACCAGUAUAGCAAAACACUCUGUAAACCUGGCAGAAUCUGUUAUCGAAACUGAGAUUUUUCCUGAUGUUCUUGUACAUAUGGCACAUCCUGAUGAAUGUGUUGUUAAAGCUGCAGCAACACUAACCAGAGAAAUUUGCAAGCAUACAUUAGAAAUGGCUCAACUCAUUGUAAAUAUUGGUGGUAUUGGUGCACUUGUGGAAUUAAUUGAUACAUCGAAACAAACAGUCAGAUUACCAGCAAUAAUGGCAAUUGGUUAUAUUGCUGGACACUCGGAUCAGUUAGCCAUUGCAGUUAUAGGAUCUAAAGGAGUUAUCCAUUUAUCUGCUGCAUUACACGAAGAACAGAAUGAUCGUAUGCUUGCUGUUACUGUGUGGGCAAUUGGUCAAAUUGGAAAACAUACACCAGAACAUGCAAAAGCAGUUGCAGUUGCAAACAUUCUUCCAAAGUUAUUAGAACUUUAUAAUGAUGCAAAUAGUUCAGAGGAUCUCAAAUCAAAAUGUAAUACAACACUGAAGCAAAUAUUACAGAGAUGCAUGUAUAUUGAAGCCUUAGAACCCUUACUACAUGAUUCUCCACCUAACAUAUUGAAAUACGUACUUGGACAGUUUAGUAAGGUUUUGCCCAAUGAUGCCAGAGCAAGAAGGCUAUUUGUGACAUCGGGUGGUUUAAAAAAAGUCCAGGAAAUCCAGGCAGAUCCUGGUUCAACGCUUUUAGAAUAUAUACAAAUUAUUAAUUGCUGUUUUCCUGAAGAAAUUAUCAGAUAUUAUUCGCCUGGAUACCCGGAUAGUCUUCUGGAAGCGGUUGAACAAUAUCAACCGAAAUGUCCUUCCCUGUUCGCGAUGGAAGAACAUACGUUUUCUGAUACCGAUUCCAAGGAUUCUCUCUCAUCUCAUCACGAACAUGGUUAAAAGAAGUAUUUAUAA